CGACUGUACCUACCUACGCCCUUGCGGCCAUGGAUGUCAAUUAACCGACAUCCAGCCAACGGUUGUGCAUCUUGGAAUUGCGUGCUCAAGCACAUACGGCCUCAUGGCCAAUUUUGGUAUGAGAUGGUGAAGUGAACUCGGUUCUGAUUUGAAAUCCAUAUGUUAUGAUGGUAGCAUCUCUAAGUGCAGAUGAAAAGUAUAAAGGGCUGGAAAGGAAGCGACUUCGACUUGUUGCAGAGAGCAUCUUUAUUGAUUCAAACCCCAGAUUAAAAUCAUCACAUUUGAUAUCUCUACCAUUAUCGCUAUUGUGCAAACUCGCAUCAGUUUCUCUAUAUUCUGUUCCAAUUGACACACCAAGUCCUAUAAGUCUUGACAAUGGCCGUCUCUUCAAAUAUUCCCCGUGGCGACGUCACAGCAACUCUGAACUUCUUCAAUCCUCCCUCCGACAAUUCAACUCCCUAUAACCACGUCGAUACCCCCCCCAAGGGUCUUCCUCAACGCAACUUCACAGACAACCCUCAACCAACUGUCAUACACGACAUCCGUGGUCAUGAGCCCGAGUAUCACCUAGACCGUGAUGCUUUCCAAGUCAUACAGGAUGUUCCGCCCUCCAGCGAGAUCGACUUUGUCGAUGAUGACUCUAUCAAGGAGAACUACUACCCAGAGCUUGAACAGCUUCUCCUCAAGAACGUUCCUGGCUCUAACAGGGUCUUCUUCUUUGAUCACACUAUUCGCCGUCAAACACCCAAUGCUCCUCGUGCGCCUGUGACUCGUGUACACAUUGAUCAAACAGCUGCGGCUGUAGCUCAGCGAGUUCGCAAAUACUUCCCAGAUGAGGCAGAUGAGCUUCUCAAGCGUCGCUAUCGUCUCAUCAACGUCUGGCGACCUCUGAACAAGAAGCCCCUCGAGUCUUUUCCUCUGGCUGUUGCAUCCUCUGCUUCUGUCGAAGACGACGACGUCAUCCCUGUUGAGCACCGAUACCCAGAUGGGUACCGCGGUUGGACUGCAGCGAUUCAGCACAAUCCCAAGCAGAAGUGGUACUACCUCAGUGGUAUGACGGGCAGCGAGAGGCUGUUGCUGGAGUGCUUCGAUAGCGAAUCUCUCAAGCCGGGAUCUAAUAUCAAGGGUCGUGUGCCGCAUACUGCUUUUGAAGAUCCUAGGACCCGGGCUGAUGCGGAAGGUCGUGAGAGUAUCGAGGUGCGCGCAUUGGUAUUUGGUCCUUGAAGAUGCGUUGUUUGGAAGGGAAAGGGAGAGAGCAUGGCAUUGGAGUUUAUGAUAUCAUCAUGUGUUGAUCCAGUCGCUGUCAAUUUGAUAUAACAAGCAUGACAUUUCUACUUCUAUUCAUCAAGUCUCAGCCUGCUAAUAAAAGAGAGAGA